AUGAGGCUUCUGGAGGUGUUGAGCGCAGUCCUCUCCUCGGACGUCGUCAUAUCGUUGCGCCCCGCGGACCGCGACCUCUUAGACUCGACGCUCGCGGCCCUGUCUGACCCGGACGGCGAAAGCUAUGGCAAGUUCCUGACCCGGGAGCAGGCUCAAGCUUUGCUGCGGCCUCAUCAGUCGUCCAUCGACGCCGUGAAGAAAUGGCUGGCUGAGGUCGGCGUCCCGGAGGAACAUAUCCGUGGUGAUGGCGGACAGGUCAUCGAGGCGCGAGUGCCGACUCUGCACGCGGAGCGCCUGCUACGACUCGCCGCGCGCGGUGGCCAGACGGAGGAUGAAGAGAGGAGGCCGGGGCGCGAGGAGAGGGAUCCGACGACGGCUCUGCGUGCUCACGUUGCGUUUGUCCACCGCGCGCCGGGGCCCAGAUCCACGGGCACUGACACGCCUCGCAAAGGCUUCCACAUCCCGACGACAGUCCCUCGGCCGUUACAAGCCGUGGUCCAAGCCCCCGCGAGAAAGGGCUCGACGACGCCAUCGUGCAGCGGAGGAGUGGUCACGCCGACAUGCCUCCGCGCGCUCUACCGCAUGGGAAGCGGCAACUCCAACAACUCCGCGUCUCCGGCACAUGCCAGGUCGCGCUUCGGCGUCGUGGGCUUCCGCGGGCAGGCAGCGCAGCAUGCUCAGCUGAACAAGUUCCUCGCCGCGCUGGCGCCCGACGCCCGAGGCGCCAACUUCUCGACGGUGCUCGUCAACGGCGGCAGCAACCCUCAAGACGAGACCUACACCCGCACGGGCGAGGCAAACCUCGACAUCCAGUACGCGGUGGCCAUGGCAUACCCCGUGCCUGUGACGUUUUAUGCCGUCGGCGGCGAGGACCACGACUUUGUCCCUGACCUAGACAUCUGGGACCGCGAGACGCAGUUCAUCGAGCCCUACGCCACCUUCUUCAGCCACCUGCUGGGCCUCGACGACGAGCACCUGCCGCAGGUGGUGACCAUAUCGUACGGCGUCAACGAGCAGGACGUGCCGCGGGCGCACGCGGAGCACAUCUGCGACAUGAUGGGCCAGCUCGGCGCGCGAGGCGUCUCCGUCAUCACGAGCUCCGGCGACGAAGGCCCCGGCGUCUCGUGCCUGUCCAACGACGGGACCAACACGACCAAGUUCCUCCCCGCGUUCCCGGCCUCGUGCCCCUAUGUGACGGCCGUGGGCGGCACGCACGGCCAGGGCCCCGAGGGCGCGUGGAACCUGUCCUCGGGCGGCUUCUCCGAGUACUGGCCGCGGCCGGCCUGGCAGGAGUUGGCCGUAGACGGAUACCUGGUCCGUCUCGGCGGGAGCAAAUGGAAGGGACUGUAUAACCCCAAGGGCCGGGCGUUUCCGGACGUGUCGGCGCAGGCGAUGGGGUACCAGAUCUUUGACCAGGGCAAGGCCGACAGCGCCGAUGGGACAAGUGCGGCGGCGCCCGUCUUCGCGGCCAUGAUUGCCCUGCUCAACGACUCGCGCCUCAAGCUCGGUUUGCCUCCCCUAGGGUUUCUCAACCCCUGGCUGUAUAAGAUUGGCAGCCUCGGCUUCUCAGACAUCGUGAAUGGAGCGUCCAAGGGCUGUGUGGGAACCAGCUACAGCGGCAGACCGGCGCCCGUGGUCCCAGGAGCGGAAUGGGCUGCUUCUCCCGGAUGGGAUCCGGCCACGGGGCUGGGCACGCCGCUGUUUGACCGUUUGAAAGUGCUGGCUCUGGCACUUCGCUGA